UGGGGGUCGGUUGAUGCGUUGCACGGCCAGCAAAGCGAAGGCGUUGUUCGCCAUCUUGGUUUGAACUUUAAAGCCGGAAUUUCCUUAGACUACGUUGUCAUUCCAAUCUUUUUACUGAGCCAAAACGUUCUUCGAUAUUUCCUUAAUACACCAUGUCGAUUAGACGGCAGAUGAAAAAUGUUGUGAAGAAUUAUUCCAAUUCUGAAGUGAAGGUCCGUGAGGCGACGUCUAAUGAUCCAUGGGGACCCUCGAGUUCAUUGAUGUCAGAAAUAGCCGAUGCUACAUACAAUGUCGUUGCAUUUUCAGAGAUAAUGGCAAUGAUAUGGAAACGUUUAAAUGAUCACGGUAAAAACUGGAGGCAUGUUUACAAAGCACUUGUUUUACUGGAUUAUAUAAUCAAGACUGGGUCUGAAAGAGUUGCCCAACAAUGUCGCGAAAACAUCUUUGUGAUUCAGACGCUGAAGGAUUUUCAAUUUAUCGACAAAGAUGGAAAAGACCAAGGGAUGAAUGUAAGGGAGAAAGCAAAACAACUCGUAGCUCUGCUUAAAGAUGAAGAGAGACUGAAAAACGAACGACAAAGAGCUUUGAAAGCCAAGGAGAGAUUCGCUCAAGCAAGUGGUGGAAUCGGCAGUGAUUCUCUAAGGGGCGGUAAAUUGAGGAGUGAAUCUGGAGGAAGCUUAACAGAUAUUCGCCAGGCAUCUACAGGGGAUACUGCCCUUCCUACAAGUCGAUCGUGGGAACCAGAGCGAAAAAAUGCACCUAGUGAUAUUGAAAAUUGCAGGCCAGCAAAUGCCAAUGAGGAAGAACUGCAAUUACAGCUGGCACUGGCUCUAAGUAAACAAGAGGCAGAUGAAACCACACAAAUCGAUCAACACGAUGAUGAGAGGCUAAAAAUGGCUCUUUCAGAGAGUCAAAAAGAUGACUCUUUUCAAGAUGGAGCGAUAGGAGUAGCAGCAGAUCCAUGGGGAACAACGACAACAACACAAGUGUCUAGCACCUUACAGUCUGACCCAUGGGGUACAGGGAGUCAGCAAGUGCCACAACCAUCUGCAGAUCCAUGGGGUACCCCGGCGAUGCCUGUAUCAUCAGAUCCAUGGGGUACAUCAGACAUUACACCGGUUUCUUCAGCUCCUAUGGUUGCAUCUGCACCAGCUGACCCGUGGGGUACUCCUUCUCAACCUCCUGCUUCUGUUCAAAGUGACCCCUGGGGUACCCCCUCAUUACCAGUAGCACAAAGUAACCCGUGGUCAUCAACAAAUGGUCAAUCUAACACCUCUGCUGGAUUUGAUCCCUUCAGUCAGCCUACAUCUACCACUCCUGCAAUGGGUACCACUUCCUUGAUGGAUGGCUUUGGUAACCCACCUAUGGCAGCAUCACAACCAUCUAGUGACCCCUUUGGUGCGUCAAAUGUUGACCAAAACCAACUAGCUAAUCAGAAAAAAAAUCCAGAAGAUUUCCUAGGUGGUGGCUUACCCAAAAGUCUUGUAGACCUGGAUCUUCUUGCUUCGACAAAGGAUUCUGCUCCCAACCCAUUUUUGAGUAACACACAAUCUGAACAAACUAAGUCAAACAAUCCGUUCCUGCAAGAGAAACCACAACAGCCUACACUUAAUCAGCUACGGCACCAGAACAUCUCUGCCCCAGUGGCGGGUGUGGGGAGUACAUCAUUUGGCGCCAGUGAUAACAUACUGUUACCUGCCCCUCUUAUACCCAGUUCUUCGACAGGAGGCUCAAAUCCAAAUCCUAAUAAUCCAUUCAUGUGAAAAGGUCAUGGGAAGAAUCUAGUGCAUGGAUUCUAGCAGAUGGAAAGUCCUGGACUACCUUCAGAAAGCUCUAGCUGAAUUUCAAUACUUCAGCUUCAUAAUCAUGGAAUCUGACGGCCAUGUAGUUAAAAUAUACAGUGAAGAAAAAUCAGAGGUUUUUUAUUCUGAUAUCUUCCAUUUUCAACAGACUAACAUUUGUAUCUUUGACAAUGCCGAAGGUCUCUAAAGAAGUUAUAAUGCACACAAGAUCCUCCAGGAACAUUGCUUAGUAUCUGUAACUAUUCAAUAAUGCUUGUGAGAUACUCAAAUAGUUUGUCAAGUGGCUUCAAAGCAGUUUUAGUGGCCUGAAAUUACAGUUACUGCAGUUUGUGAUAUUCUGCAAACUCGGUAAUUUUUGCAAGCUGCACACUCAAAUUUGGUUUUUCACUGCCACGAAUCAAAAAUAAUCAGUCAGUACCUAUUAUAUUUUUGACUGGCAGUCGUUGAAACCAAUUUUGCAACGAGCUGUUGAAAUGUCCGAGUUUGUAGAAUAUCAAAAAAUGUUGGGCAAAUUUAGGGUCAAAUUUCUUAAUUUUGAUAGUGUGUGGAACUGAUUUCAUUGUGUGUAAAAAUGCCCCAAGGUACUCGCAAAGACAUUUUUUAGUCAACCAUUCUUUGUCACAUUGGUAGAUAUCUUGAAUUAAAGGAUUAUAUACCAAUAUGGCUACUUUCACAUAAAGUUGACUAAAAUUGAAAUACCUAGAAAUAAUUAUUACACAUAUGGCUUUAUAUUUAUAAAAGUGUCUAAAAAAUUUUGUGCUUUUGGCAAAGACUGGGUAUUCACUCAAGAGGGCGAGAAUCAUAUAUCCAUUUGACAUCCCGUCCCUAGUUUUUUUUAUUUGUUUAUACUGUAAUUAGCUUUAGAUUUUUGAUAUUGAUUGUUUUGGUCCUUUUUGGGAAUCAAGCUUCUCUCCCUCGAUCCCUUUUUGCACACUUCACUUUUCAGCUAAUUGUUUGGCCAGGUUUGACUAUGGUUCUGACAUAAGCCUGCUUUGGAAACCAUUUACGCUGUUUACAAAGCUUGGAAUUCUGCUUUAAUUUUAAAACCUGCUGCUACAGAGAAUGCAGGGAGUUAUUGACUGUGGAUGACAAAUUGAAAAGAACAGUACUGUAGCCUUCAAAGAAAUCAAGUUCUCAAAACUGCUCCAAGAAAGACAAUCAUAAUAUUAGUCUUUUUACUUUUUCCUGCAAGAGGGUUUUCAUUUAUUGUCUUCCGUAUACAAAGAUAGGAACAAUUCUGUAAAAAUAUUUAGGAUUAUUCUUGGGAUAGGUUCUAAAAAUUUAAUUUUCUAUAUUUGUAUGUUUGGUUUAAUUUUCCUUUUUGGUCAGGUCAGAGGUUGUUCCAGGGUAUUGAUAGAAUUUGAUUGGGUACGAUACAGUAUUAUAUGAACUUGAUCUUUCUUAUUAUCUGUUGUUUUUUCAUUUUUCUGCUGCAAGAAUGAUGUGCAAGGUAUGAUUUUUAUUACACUUUUCAUUGACGGCAGUUAAAAAUAAAAAAAGGGAUUGACAUGUCAAAGUUUAUUUAAUAUCUAAAAUAUGCUAAAAUUAAUUCACAGCCUUCCUACAAUUUGGCUCUUUCAUUAGCAGUAAUAAAUAAAAGCCCUAAAGCUGCUUAUUCAAAAGGUUCCAGAGUAUGUAUCAAACCAUUUAGUGUAAAAUACUGUAGGUUUUGUGAAAAAGUGAAACUCAAACACUUGAAUGUACUUCAUGUUAAAAAAAAUAAAAUAAAGACAAACAUA